UUUCCUUCCGUCUGUUGCAAGCAAUUUCAAUCCUUAUAGAAAUCGCUGCCUGUGAAGGGUCACAUUCUUCCUCCCGAACCAAAUUACGGUCGUUAGGUGAUCACGUGAAUUUCAGACGUCUUUGGUAGUUUCAAAGACAGUGUGAAAGAAAAUGGUACCCCUUAAACAACUGUGUCUAGGUUAUAGUGCUUGCACUUUUAAUUACAGGCAAAGUACGACAGACGGGCUCCCGGCAUACGCUGACUGGAUCGAGGUCUUCCGCAAGAGCAUACCCACAUUCAAGACGCAUGCGCUCACAGACGAACAUGUUCCGCUGGAGCUUAGGCAGGCUGCUGCAGAUGACUUUGCGGCCCGCUUCAACGCCGCCCUAGACGCCCUGCUCUCCCACCCCGACUCGCCAGCCCCCGGCUAUCCGGACUCGCAACCCGUGAAUUGCUACACGCUGUGCAAGCUGAGGGAGGACUGCCUGCACGCCGCGGGCCUCCGGGACAUCUUCGCCUCCGUCAAGGCCGCGGAGAACGAGCGCGCACUGGCGCUGCUGCCCGGAGUGCUGCGGGAGCUGGACGAGCUGGGGGCGGGGCCGGGCGGCCUGCGAGCGCAGCUGGAGCUGGCCCUGCGCGGGGUGUUCGCGGGAAACAUAUUCGACCUGGGAGCGGCGGCCUCCGCGCAGCUGCAUGCGGAGGGCGGCGCCAGCGCAGCCGCCUUCGCCGCCACCCGCGCCCGCCUGCUGCCGCGACCCUGGGCGGUGGACCAGAUGGAG